UCCACACGUAACUUUUUAUUAAAAAAAUCUAACCUAAAUCGUAAAUUUGAAGGAAAACUAAAUGUAUACUUUUAAAUUGUUAAAUCAAACAAAAUUUUGUAUCAAAAAUUCUAAGAGGGUAAUUCAAUUGAUCCAUACAAAAAACAUUAAAAACAUGUCUGAAGAUCAUAAACCUAUCGAAAAUUCAAUUCGUCAAAAAAUAACAAACGCAUUAAAAACAACACAUUUAGAAAUUAUAAACGAAUCGUACAUGCAUAAUGUACCAAAAAAUGCCGAAACACAUUUUAAAGUUGUCAUUGUUUCGGAUAAUUUUUCGAAUGUACCCUUAAUAAAGAGACAUCGUUUAGUAAACGAUUUAUUAAAAGAAGAAUUAAAUGGUGGCGUUCAUGCUUUAUCAAUUGUGGCAAAAACACCGGAACAAUGGCAAAAUAAUCAAACUAUCGAAUCUAGUCCAAAUUGUAGGGGAGGUUUUGGAAAAUAGUUCAAGAUUUUAGGCUGUCUAGUUUCAUAAUUUUAGUAUUUAUUUUUUAUUAAAGAUUAUUUUAUUAUCA